AAUAAAAUCUCCAGAGUGAUGAGCUGCAUAUGAUGCCACCCAAUCUGCAGCGCUAUUGACCGCACACUCUUCAUUUAUCAAAUAACAAAAGAAAGCUAAAUUGACAUUUAAGCAAUCUUUCCUUUAUACAGAAGAACAUUACUGGAAAAUGGCAAUGCAGUUGAUAGCUAACUCAUCCCUUAUUUUUUCUCUCUCAGCCAGCAGCUGCCACCUUAGAUCCCUCCUACUCUGCUACAGCUCUAAGAAAGGAUUAUUAAAAUCCAAUCAUACAGAAAAUAUUAUCAGAAACCUCAGAACAACCCCACCUCCAAAGUUCAAUACCUUUCAUGCACAUGCUCUCCUCUCUAAACUCUCUUUUACUUGUCUCCCACAUGCAGCUGACUGCGUACGUUAAAAUCUCAGGCCCUAAAAUCUAGUGCUUAACAGAAGAAAAAAAAGGAGAGCCCUUCUCACGUUUUCACCAUCCAUUAAACUAAGCUAUCUGCUAUUCUUUAAUGGGGAAUCAUUGAACACUAGAUAGCCUAAUACUGUAUUGGUUGUGGGAAUGUACUUUUCAAUGUAGUUGGAAAAGGCACUUCCAAUCUCAAAGGCCCCAUUGGAGGUGAGGCUCCUUCACUCACUUUCAUGGGCAUUGAUAGUUCACUCUCUUUGCCUCUCACUUUCCAGCUUGGAAAAAUUAUUGGAGCUCUUGGAAUCUUCCAUUGUAUCAUUCAUAUGAGUUGUUGAUAUCUAUUGAAAGGGUUAAGAGGCUUAUCAACUGGAUGUAUUCCAGUCUAAGUGGAUCAGUAGUGCUACUGUUCUCAGGAGAAAAAUGCAAGAUCUCUUUCCCAUUCCUUCCUGCUUUUCUUCUGGCGAAAAGCUCCAUGAUGAUCCGACCUCAGCAGUUGCAACCAGGUCAGGCCAAGGUGCUGCGUUGUUAAUCUACCGCACUAGGAUCGCAGGCCACUGCCGCCUGAUCACUGUCACAUGGUGCAAGAAUCUUCUUGCGCAUGGCCUCUCAGUCUUGGUAGAAGGAUCGGACAAAGAUGAUGAGCAUAAAGGCAAUGGCAGCAGCGUCGAUGUCGAUAACAACAACAGCAGCAGCAGCAAACACCAGAACAGCUGCAAGGUUGAGAUGCGGCCAUGGAACUUUUGGCGCAAGCAUGGCUCCAAACGGUUCCUUGUGGAGGGGAAGCCUGUUGAUGUGUUCUGGGACCUCAGGAGUGCUAAAUUCUCUGAUGAGCCCGAGCCUCAGUCAGACUACUAUGUGGCAGUGGUCUCUGAUGGUGAGGUGGUCCUUUUACUUGGUGAUUUGAAGGAGGAGGCCUUUCGGAGGACAGGUUCGAGGCCUUCUCUCAUCGAAGCCAUCUUAGUAUCCAAGAAGGAGCAUGUCUUUGGCAAGAAGAGAUUCUCAGCAAGAGCUAAAUUUCAUGAGAAGGGAAAAUUCCAUGACAUCUCAAUAGAAUGCAACGGUAGCAGUAGCAGCACCACUGGUAGCAUGGAUUCAGAGAUGGUGAUGAAGGUCGAUCGGCAUGUCGCCAUUCAUGUGAGACAUCUCCAAUGGAAAUUCAGAGGAAAUGAAUCAAUUUCCAUUAACAAACAGAGAGUUCAAGUGUAUUGGGAUGUUCAUGACUGGCUCUUCACCCCUGGGUUAAGGCACGCGCUGUUUAUAUUUAAGCCCGAGUCCCUGCCAUCAUCAUCGACAUCAUCGAGUUCGUAUAAUAGUUUUGCAGGAACCAAUGCGAAUGGAGGUGAGUCCUCUGGUUUUUGCUUGUUUCUAUAUGCUUGGAAGCUUGAGUAAGAAUCCAGCUUAUAAUGCUUGGAUACAAUGUUUUCGUUUAGAUUGUGAAGGAAAUGAGAGGUGCUUUGGUUUGGA